AUGGCCAGCCCUUCUCGUUGGCGUAGAUUAUCAUCAUCAUCAUCUCCAUCUCUAUAUCAACUAACUCGUCGUCACUUAUCUUCUUCGUUUGGCCCUCCUCCACCAAUCUCUCCUCGCCGAGUUGUCGUCACCGGUAUGGGCUUGGUGACUCCUCUCGGCUGUGGGGUGGAAACGACGUGGAAGCGCUUGAUAGAGGGAGAGUGUGGUGUUCGGGCAAUAACACCAGAGGAUCUCAAAAUGAAUUCUUCUUUCGAUAGAGAAACUCAGCAAUACACUUUUGAUCAACUCACGUCUAAAGUUGCUGCUGUCGUGCCUUGCGGCGCCAAAACUGGUGAAUUCAAUGAGGAUUUAUGGCUUAAUUCUAAGGAGCAUCGAUCAAUUGCAAGGUUUAUAGGCUAUGCUCUGUGUGCGGCUGAUGAAGCUCUUAAAGAUGCAAAAUGGUUGCCCACAGAGCAGGAACAGAAGGAAAGAACGGGUGUCUCUAUUGGUGGAGGAAUUGGAAGCAUAACUGAUGUACUGGAUGCCUCACAAAUGAUUUGUGAGAAGCGACUUCGACGGCUUAGUCCUUUUUUCAUCCCGCGGAUAUUAAUUAACAUGGCAUCUGGUCAUGUGAGCAUGAAAUAUGGAUUCCAGUCCAUUGGUGGACCGAUGGAAACUUCUUGUGCUACUGGAGCACAUUCUGUUGGCGAUGCUACAAGGAUGAUUCAGUUUGGGGAUUCAACUGUUAUGGUGGCUGGAGGGACAGAUUCCAGCAUAGAUGCUUUAUCUAUAGCAGGAUUUUGCAGGUCUAGGGCAUUAACCACAAAGCACAAUUCCAUGCCUCUAGAAGCUUCUCGACCUUUUGAUUGUGAUCGGGAUGGAUUUGUGAUAGGUGAAGGUUCUGGAGUCUUGGUAUUAGAAGAACUUGAGCAUGCAAAAGAACGAGGAGCAAAAAUUUAUGCAGAGAUUCGUGGCUAUGGGAUGUCAGGUGAUGCAUAUCACAUUACUCAACCACAUCAUGAUGGAAGAGGAGCUAUUUUGGCCAUGACACGUGCCUUGAAACAGUCUGGUCUUCAUCCCAAUCAAGUGGAUUACAUUAAUGCCCAUGCCACAUCUACCCCUUUAGGUGAUACUGUAGAAGCCAGUGCCAUCAAAACUCUAUUCUCUGGUCACGCAACAUCAGGUGCUUUGGCAUUGUCUUCCACAAAGGGUGCCAUCGGUCAUCUGCUAGGAGCUGCUGGUGCUGUUGAAGCCAUAUUUGCAAUUUUAGCAAUACACCAUGCUUUUGAAAAAGCAAACAACAAGGAGCUGUACGGAAUUGCACCGUUGACACUUAACCUCAAUAAACCAGAUCCCAUCUUCAAAGACAAUUUUAUGCCAUUGACUGCCUCAAAAGAGAUGCCAGUAAGAGCAGCUGUGACAAAUUCUUUUGGCUUUGGAGGAACAAAUGCAUCUCUACUUUUCACCUCUGUGUUAUAA